AUAAGAAGAAGAAUGCUGCAGUGAACAAAAGAGAAGGUCGGUGGUUUGAGCGAGUGUUUUCGAUUUUCGGAUUUUCGUCUCGGAACGCAGCAUCAGCUCAUUGAGAGAGGAAGAAAAGGAAAAGUUGGUGUAGUUCAGUGUUCGCCGCAGUUCCGUGAUACAACCCGCGCGGGGAUUCGGGGUCAAGUACAGUGAAUAUCUGCGUCUCGACCCGAUCGGUGCCGCCCUACCACCACUCCCGGUUCCCAGACUCCCACAGUUGAAGAUGUCCGCGACCGCGGUGAAGCUUAAUGGAUCCGAGCCGUCCAAGAAGUCGGUCAAGGUUGUCGAACCGGCCAAGGACAAGGCUCCGGCGUCCGCGACCGCUCCAACCCGUAAGCAAGGCACUCCGGUACGAAAAACGGCGGCGACCAACCACGACACCAACCACGCCAAACGGUCCCGUUCGCCCGAACCCAACACCUCUUCGUCGUCGUCGUCCUCCUCCUCCGAGGAAACCGCCAGUAGUAGCACCCCCGCGAGCAGUAACUCCACUCCGGCGGUUCCGGCGACCCCUCCUACCCCAACCACCACCAACCCCAAGGAGCUGCCCACGAUCAAGGGCAGCGGCCCGAACGGGGAGUUGACCUUGAAGGACAUCCCCAUCUCGGGGAUCUCGUUCCAGGAGGUGUACAACCCGGAACACGAGGGCCCCCCCACCACCAAGGUCAUCAUCUACAAGCCCAAGUCCGGCAAGGGCCAACCGACGGCGAAAGUCAUUGUGACCAAGUCCAGCGAUGAUUGCGAAGCGAAUAGCGGUCGUGCGGUCGCGAUGAACAGUGAAAGUGGUUACUACGGUUUAAAAGGGCCCACGAUGGCGUCCUUCCAGCAGCAGCAGCAUCAACCUCAAAUAGUGGCUAGUGAAAGUAAUUAUCAUCAGCAGCAUGGAGUUGGUGGCGGUGGCUACCCGCAGCCAAUAAUGCCACCGAUAAGAAAUUACGCCGCGGCCAGCGAAGCUGGCGAGAUGGUGUACACAAAUCUACUCGGAGGAAGUCAUGUUAAUUACAAUGGCAGCACUUAUUACAACGGCGUCGGCGGCGGUGAGUUAAUUGAUUUAAGUGCAUCACAGUUGCAUCAGCCGCAGCAGCAGCCUCAGUAUCAUCAGCAGACGAAUCAACCGAGUCAGCAGCAGCAGCAUAAUGAUAUGUAUAAUGCCGAUAUCGAUUUCAUGAACAAUUAUUUAAAAAGCCUGCCCGAGUACGCGGCGGUGGCCUGUCCGAGUUCCUCGAUGCCGGUUGCACCGGCGCAGACCUCAACGGCUGCAGCAGCUCCUCCUCAUAUAAAGAGUGAAAAUUACCGCCACCAUUACGUCAACGACCCCUACUUUCAAUAUUACGACAGUGCAACGGCAAUGCAAGGCUACUACCCGAUUGCCAAGUCCAGCUCGUACCACGCGACGGGGGGUCAUCCCGGGUACUACAAUCCGUACCAGCAGCCGCAGCAGGUUCAGGCGGUUCAGCCGACUCAGCAGUCGUUUGUCCAGCUACCUCCCCACCACCAUCACCAUAAUCAGCAUCAUCAUCACCACCACCACCACCAUCAUCAGCAGCAACCCCAGGUGGAGGUUCUACCGCGAAGUACGUCGCACUCGUUGAUCCCGCGAGCCUCGGUCGAGAACAAGUUCAGUAAGAGUAGGGCAACGCCCGGUGAUAGCGCUGAGGCGGCCGGAGUUCCUACGGUGCCGUACGCGCCCAAGCAGUCCAGCAUGAGCAAGUUCUGGCAGGAGACGACCUCGAACAAGCCGGCCAGCGGGACCAAGUUCGGCUGGAACUACGACCGGAUCAUGGCCAAGACGAAAAAAGACGUCCAGAACAGCAUCAACGAGUACAAGAAGAACGUGACCAGCUUGCACAACCUGUACAGCAGUGCGGACGGCAGCGAGAGUCACAUCCCGGAGGCUAACACUCACUUCAAGCUGCGCAAGAACUACUCGUACUCGCACCUGGACAAGCACAUCCGGGACCACCUCACCGAGGAGGAGUUCCAGCGGCUCGUCAACGAGAGCGAGUCCAAGCCCAACUUCUACGCCAACCACUCGUGCAACUACGUCAAUCCGCUCUGCAAGAGCUACUCCAGCGGUACGAUGAGCUUCGGCCAGCCGUUCCUCCCACCUCCUCGACCCCUUCCCCCAAGCCAUCCUCCUCCGACGAGCCUUGCCAAAAGCAUCUCCAACACCUCCAUCCAGCGGAAACCCUCAAUAACCCUACCCGACGUGGCGGCCUUCAUCCCGGCCCUCAACCUUGCCAAAAGCUCGUCCUCCUCCUGCAUCUACACCAAGGCCCUGAACCAACCCAACAGCAAAAAAUACAACCUUUUCACCCCCUACAAAAGCAUCAUCCCCGAACCCCCCGGCCUAUCCUCCCUCCCCCCGAACGACAUCAGCGCCACCAACAAAAUGAUCUCCAAAAACAACGCCCUCAUCAAGAAGAGCGCCUCCUUCCAACCCUUCACCAACACCAACACCCCGACCCGCCGGGGCACCUCCGACAACUUCUUCGUCAAGCAACACAUCCCGCCCGCGAGCAAGGUCGUCGUAGACUACCCGCCCUUCACCAAAAUCUCCUCUAUCCAAAUCCCCAUCAACGGUCACCUCCCUCCCGCCUUCCCCCGCGACCUCAACAACAACCAACAGGACUGCAUCAUCAACAUCGAAGACAACAUCGAACAAAGCAUAGCGGACAUCUACAACGUCGGCUACGACCAACCUCCCCUUCCCCCACAACCCCCCAUCCCCCUCGGCGUCUUCAAAAGCUACUCCCACUCCCGGCUCAACCCGGACGCCAAGAACUUCACCCCCAGCCGGUCACUCCACCCCCCAACCCCCACCACCAACAACCCCCUCACCUCCCUAGCCCGCUCCAACUCCAACAGCUGCAACGUGGCCAUCAGCGCCACCGGCCAAAUCGAACCCCUCCCCCCCACCACCAUCACCGUCUUCAACUCCACCGUCGAGGUAACGCCCACCUACGUCCCAGCCAAAAACAUCACCCUCUCCAAGUCCGCCACCCAGAUCGCGUCCUACGGCGACGACCCGGACGACGAGGACGACACCGUCGUCCCGUGCGCCUCCGACGACGAAGACGACGAGGAGGACGUCGACGACGACGAGUUCGAUCUCAACUACCUGGACGACGACGACGACGAAGACCCGGAAAACCAGGACGCCGAAGGCGUCCUCUACGAGCACUGCCUCGACCAGUACUUCGUCCCGUCCAAGUCCGCCUCGGACCUCGGCGAGUGCUCCGGCGCCGUACACACCACCACACCGGCAGUCGCGAAGAUCCCCGAGGUGUUCACCAGCAACGCGGACAUCUUCCUCGAGGGGGGGAGCGAGGAGUUCCUGCUGGAUGACGUAACGGAGGCGGAACUGUACGCGGCGGCCGAUUCGGCCGACUCGUGCACGCCGGAACUGGAGGGAGUGGCAGCUGCGCUGCCCGCGGCAGAUGGGAUGGAGAAACAACCAUCCGUGAGGGAUGAUGCUGAUGGGCAUUUGAUUUACCACACUGGCGACAUUCUUCAUAACAGAUAUAAAAUCCUGGCCACCCUAGGCGAGGGUACCUUCGGCAGGGUGGUGAAAGUCAAGGAUAUGGAGAUGGAUCACACGAUGGCGCUCAAGGUGAUCAAGAACGUGGAAAAGUAUCGGGAAGCGGCCAAGCUGGAAAUCAACGCACUGGAGAAGAUUGCCGAAAAGGACCCAACGUUCCAACAUUUAUGCGUCAAAAUGCUGGAUUGGUUUGACUACCACGGCCACAUGUGCAUCGCGUUCGAAAUGCUCGGGCUGAGUGUUUUCGACUUUCUAAGAGAAAACAACUACGAACCGUACCCGAUGGACCACGUGCGGCACAUGGCCUACCAGCUGUGCUACGCGGUCAAGUUCCUGCACGACAACAAGCUCACCCACACCGACCUCAAGCCGGAGAACAUCCUGUUUGUGGACUCGGAGUUUACCACGUCGUUCAACAACCGGAAGAACCGCGAAGUGCGUCGCGUCAAGUGCACCGACAUCCGCCUGAUUGAUUUUGGCAGCGCCACGUUCGACCACGAGCAUCACAGCACGAUCGUGUCCACCCGUCACUACCGAGCGCCGGAAGUAAUCCUGGAACUGGGCUGGUCGCAACCGUGCGACGUCUGGUCGAUAGGUUGUAUAAUGUUCGAGCUGUAUCUAGGCAUUACGCUAUUCCAAACCCACGACAACCGAGAACACCUCGCAAUGAUGGAGCGUAUACUGGGUACAAUUCCGUACCGAAUGGCCAGAAAAACCCGCACCAAAUACUUCCACCACGGCAAGCUCGACUGGGACGAGAAGUCGAGCGCGGGCCGGUACGUGCGCGACCACUGCAAGCCGCUGCACCGGUACGUGCUGGCGGAGACGCCCGACCACCUGCAGCUGUUCGACAUCAUCCGGCGCAUGCUGGAGUACGAUCCCGCCAACAGAAUCACGCUGAGUGAAGCCCUCCGGCAUCCGUUCUUCGCGAAGCUUCCCGCGGCGCAGCGCCUGCACGAUAAGUGUAAUGAAAAUUCCGUCUCGGGCAGUAGUAGCCGGGAGCGGUCCCACAGUUUAUCGAGAUGAAAUUCAGAACGAUUUGAUUAUUAUUAAUUAAUAAUAUUACACAGUUGUACCGAACAGCAACAACAACAACAACACUACCACCACCACAACAGUCGUCCCCUACGCGGAUGCGGCGGAAACAGAAACAAAACAAAAACAAACAUGAUGAAACCGUGUGAAAUUUUACAAACAAACAAACAAUUGGCGCGUUGUGAAAGUGAGGAACGGAGCAAACACACAAACACAAUCACACCAACACAUCUCAUUCAGACUAACACAAACACACAGUCUACCGAAGUGCACAAGAGGUGUGACAGCCUCAGAUCAGGAAUUUUUAAGGGAGAAAGUAACCGUAAAAGUGGGUUGUGUGUGUGUGUGGGUGUGCGGACGCGUGUUGAACGAACAAGAAGAAGAAGGGUUUGUAAAUUUUAUUUCGUUUGUUUACUUUUCGUUUAACAAACACACACACACGCACACGCACAAAUUUGCGAGAACUUUGCCGAGCGUGUUUUCCAGUUGCGGUGGGAACAUUCCACACUUUUUGUGUGUGUUCAUGUUCACAUAGUACACACAGUCCACUUUUAUAGCGGCGCUGCAUGGAAGGCACGCCGGCGGCUGCUCUCCCUCUCCCUAAGUAGUAAAGACAGCGUUCAGUGUAUUUGUUAAGUUGCGCAAUGAUUUUGCGCGCAGAGAUUUUAGAAUUGUACCAGGCCCCUCGCCCCCCUUCUAAAUUCAAGUAAUUCGAGUUUAUUGUCAAAUAAAUACAAUUAAAAAAACAAAAGCUUCUCAAUUUUGAUUGGUUCCCCGGGUUGCGGUUGCGGUUGUGUGUUUGUUUUGUGGUGGAUGUUUUAUUCAUUGUUCCCCCAUUGGUUCAGUUCAUCGCAUUAGGGAAAAUCAGGAAUCAAAGAAGAAAAUUGAAACGAUCCUUCCAGGAGUGGGCCCUGUCGGCGGAAGGAAAGAGCGAGAUAGAGGUAAUAUUAUUAAUUAUUCCAAUAAUAAUCAAAUCGUGCGAAAGAGAAAAGAAGAAAAACAAAAACACGUCAUUGAAGCAGUUCAGUGUUGUGUUGCGAGAGCGCGAGAGAAAGAGAGAGUGUAACUAAAACAACAAAACAAAACAAGUGUAGAUCGUAAACUAAG